AUGUCACAAGAAAGCAAAAACAUGAGAAUCUUUAUAUGGCUGUUUGUGUCUUCUGGUUUUUUCACCUUCAUGUCAAGCUUCUCAGCUCUAGACACUGUUACUCCUCAUCAACUUAUCAAAUUAGUUUCGGCAGGAGGGACCUUUGAACUGGGAUUCUUCAGCCCUGGUAGUACUGUUUGGUCUUCAAAUGCGUUAGCAACUGCAGAAGAUGCAUAUGCACAGCUUCUUGCCUCUGGAAAUCUUGUGGUGAGAGACUCCAAUGGUAGAAACCAGAAUCCUAUUUGUAGCAGAGUUUUGAUUAUCAUUGUGACACUUACCUACAAAGAAUGA